CAAGCCGCCAUUUUGUUUGUCGGACAGACCGUCAGAAACAGGAGGAGAUAACCGAGAGAAGGAGCGACUCCGGCGGCCGACGACACGCCGCUCCGGGAACUGCUGGGGGGAAGAAAAGAGUGGCGAAAUCCUGUCCGUGUUAUCAAGAGAGAGGGGGAAAAGCAUCACCGAAAAGAUAAGACGACAGUGGAGGGAAAAAAACGAGUCGGUGAUAUAUUUAUAUAUAUAUUUAUAUAUAUAUAUUUGUGCAUGAGAAGGAAAUACUCCGAAAAAUCCAAGGAAGGGGGUGUUUUGCGGAGCGGAGACGGAGAGAGGCGGAAGAGGGCUAUAGAUAUUAUAAUAACGAGGAAAUACCUGCGAAAACGGGGGAAAACAUCAACAUGAAAAAUCAUUAUGUGUCCGUCGCGGAGGAAGGAAAGAGCCCGCAUAGACAAUUAUAUAAAUAAAUUGCUGCCGGGCAGAAGGGAGAGGUGGAAAGAAAGACGGGUUUAAAGAGAAGGGGAAAUUGCCAGGAUCAACACGAAGGGGGGCAUUCUCCAUCACAAAGAGUCAAUGAGAGGAUUUUGUCAGCCCAAAAUAUUUUAAGGGGGUGUCAACAUUACUGUGCCCAUCUGAAGCUCUGCUUCCGAAAUAGCCAUAAUUUCUUAGCGAUCCAUCGUCAUUUUUUUAAAUCACAUUUUCGCCUGACGCCGUAGCUCUGCUCCUGUUUUUGAUUAAGAUUGCUCCUUUUUCUCUUCGCUUGUACAACCAAGACGUCCUACAAGCAGUGAGUGAUAGGUGUAUUUUAGCGGAAUAUUAAUUCUUUGCAUUACCAGAGAUUUCAAGUGUUUAAAAAAAAAUCAAGCGAGAACCGGAGGAGGAACCUCAUCUGGAGCACAAGAUAAGUAAACCCCCACCUCCUCCUCCUCCUCUCCAGAUUGUCCUCUGCAAAAUAAAACUAAUUGGAUCAAUCUGACUGCCCGCUGAUUGGCAAUUAGUGCUGUGAUUGCCCUCAAGAACUACGCUGUCAAAGAAAUAUAAAGUCUGCAUCCAAUCGAUUGCACAAGAUCAGUGAUUUUUGAUAAGAUUUUCUAUUUUCAACCUUUGCCUACCCUGCAUACUGCAAUAGGCAGAAUCGCGCAAAAAAAGGAGGGUUGCAUCAACUAAAUGUGCAAUAUUGAGUCCGCUCUUUCUGACCCAGUGCCUUGCAUGGUCAAACACUACAGUAUAGUCACCAUGCACAUGCAAAAGGAAACUCAUGCAUGGAAUUUUACAUUCGGAGUAGAUUUUCUUUUAUCUAAGUAACUGCAAGCCUGGGACCUCAGUGUUUUCAUCUUUCUGCAGAGCUGUUUUAUGCUAUUUAUUCAGUUGCUGUUGAGCCAAUGCAAGUUGUGUUUUUUUUCUCGGUAUUGCACUUGAGAGUACCGCUUCACGCUUUAACUGUAUUUUAAAACCACUGCCGGUCAGUCUCCACACACCGGUUGAUUUGUAAAUCUGUGGCAUGGACAGCAGAGAGAUGACUGAUCCGGUGAGAGCCAUGUUAAAUGCAACUGAGGGUUUCCGAGCUGUUGCAUGAGACCUGCAAAAGUUAACACAGGAAUACACAAUUAGCAUUUCCGUGCCCUUACUGAGACUCUUCACUGGAGCGUUUCAGACCUGAAAUACAGGAUUUCUCCGCCGACUAUGGCGGACAAGACUGAGUGCAGCACGGAGGACGGAUCUUGGGACAGUUUUUGUGUCGCAGAAGAGGCUACAUGAGGUUGUCAGAGGGCCGCACGCUUGCCUUUUUUUUGCCGACUCCACCUUCCCACCUCCUCCUGUUCAAAUCUGAAGAAACAAACUCUCCGACAGGGGAGGGGGACUGACUGAUAUCUGCAGAGAGGAAUAAACCGAGAGGGAGAACUGUGAGGGAAACAGUUCAACAUUGCUGUCCUCUCCCCUACCGUCCCCCAAGCGGUGGGGGAACGAUCAAAGCAUAUGUUAAAGGGAUAAGGAGACACAAAUAAGGGAAAUACGCCUGCCCUCCGUGGAUCUACAGCAUUUUUUUAAUUCGUCAAAAAUAUGGCCGAUAAUGUCCUGGAGUCCGGCCCGCCUUCAGCCAAGAGGCCCAAGCUGUCCUCUCCAGCUCUCUCAGUGUCUGCCAGUGAUGGAAAUGAUUUUGGUUCACUCUUUGACUUGGAGCAUGACCUCCCAGACGAGCUCAUCAGCUCUCCAGACCUGGGACUGACCAAUGGAGGGGAUGUCAGUCAACUCCAUACCAGUCUUGGAGGGAUCGGUAUGGGAGGAGGCCAGGACGCAGCUGCAAAACACAAACAGUUGUCUGAACUCUUGCGUGCUGGACCACCAGCUCAGCAGAGUGGUCCUAAUUCCAACAGCACAGGACCCGGGGCUUCCAUGGGGAUGAUGGGGGGUGUCAGUGUCUCUGGUGGACCCCAAGGCAUGCCCCCCCAGGGACAGCAGCAGCAACCUGGAUUAAUGCAGCAGGUUGGGAUGGUGGGAGGGGUGGCAGCGCUAAAUCGGGCAGCUGCCAUGAUGGGUGCCCAGAAGGGCAACGCUGGACAGCAACAGCAAGGGCUGAUGGCGGGGCAGGUGAUGAACGGCUCGCCGAGAAUGGGUUACCCCGGCAGUGCAGGCAUGGGUAACAAUGGUAAUCUGUUGGCGGAAACCCUACAGCAACAGCAGGGUGGUCAGCAGAUGGGACCUGGGGGUCAGGCAGGGUUAAGACCACAGCAGCCCGGGGCACUGAACAAGAUGAAUAUGAUGGCCAACGCGGGCCCCUAUGGCGGUCCGUACGGCCAGUCUGCUGGCCAGGGGCUGCCUGGAGCAGGGCUGGGCCCACAGCUCCAGAAUAAGGCGGGCCUGCCCAACAAUAUGGCCACCCAGUUCAACAUGGACAAGAAGGUGCAGCCGGGUCAAGGAAUGCCUGGGAUGGCCCCUCAGCAGCAGCAACCCGCAGCCGUCGGCGGAGCGGCAGCAGUGGGAGGGGCUCAGGUUGGGCUAAGUGCCGUAGGGGCUGGUCCCGGCACAGCGCCCCCUACGGCAGACCCCGAGAAGCGGAAGCUGAUUCAACAGCAGCUGGUCCUCCUGCUCCAUGCGCACAAGUGCCAGCGGAGGGAGCAGGCCAACGGGGAAGUGCGGCAGUGCAACCUGCCCCACUGCCGCACCAUGAAGAACGUGCUCAACCACAUGACUCAUUGCCAGGCUGGCAAGUCCUGCCAGGUGGCGCACUGUGCCUCAUCCAGACAGAUCAUCUCUCAUUGGAAGAAUUGCACGCGACAUGACUGUCCUGUAUGCCUGCCAUUGAAAAACGCUGGAGACAAGAGGAACCAGCAAUCUCUUGUCAACAGUGCAGGUGUGGGGUUGGUGAACUCAUUAGGUUCGGGGGUGCCAGGUGGACAGUCCAAUUCGCCGAACCUGAACCCUCCCAACCAGAUUGACCCCAGCUCCAUAGAGAGGGCCUAUGCUGCUCUCGGCCUCACGUACCAGGGAAACCAGAUUCCACAGCAGUCACCGCAGGCCAACAUGCCAAACCAGGGGUUGCCAGGGCAGCCUGGCAUGAGGACUCUGAACACCAUGGGAGCAAACUCUAUGGGAGUGAAUGGUGGAGUAGGGGUGCAGUCCCCCAACCAGCAGUCCGCCCUACUGCCAGACGCCAUGUUACACAUGAAUGCACAGAGUUUGAUGAAUGACGGCGUGGGCAACCUGGGCUCCAUGCCUACUGCCACUCCUCCUUCUGCUGCAGGCAUGAGGAAGUCUUGGCAUGAAGACAUCACGCAAGACCUCCGCAAUCACCUUGUUCACAAGCUUGUGCAAGCCAUCUUUCCCACACCCGACCCAGCUGCACUGAAGGACCGGCGGAUGGAGAAUCUGGUGGCUUACGCUCGGAAAGUAGAGGGGGACAUGUACGAGUCAGCCAACAGUAGGGCGGAGUACUACCACCUACUGGCUGAGAAGAUCUACAAGAUCCAAAAGGAGCUGGAGGAAAAGAGGCGGACACGGCUCCAGAAGCAGGGCAUGAUGCCUGGCCAGCCUAGCAUGGCCUCUUCAGGCCUCCCACAGGUGCCUCCCAGCAUGGGACAGCCACCCAUGGUCCCAGGACAACCCCCAAAUGGUCCUCACGCUGAUCCGUCCAUGGUCCGACCGACUGGACCAAAUCAGAUGGUCAACAGAAUGCAGAACCCAGCAGGAAUGAACCAGUUUGGUCAGAUGGGGAUGCAGUCGAUGAAUCAAAGGUCGACACCUCCUCUUCCUCUCAAUGCUCCGAUGAACCAGAUGAGUAUGGGACAAACAAGGAUGGGUCAGCCUAAUGCCACACAGUUACAGAACCAGUACCUCCCUCCAGGCCAGUUUCCAGGGUCCAGUCCUGGACUUGGUACUGGUCCUGUUGGCAUGAACCAGCCAGGAGCACAGUCUGCUGUGCCACCGCAGAACCAGAUGUCAACGCCGCCUUCCCUCCCAGCCAGCAGCCCUUCGGCACAGUCUGCCUCUUCUGCUCCAGGCUCUGGAGUCUCAGCAGGCUCCAUGGGGCCUGGUAGUGUCGGCGGUGCUGGGCCUCUUCCCAACCUGCCUCCAUCCUCCACCCCAACCCAGACCAACACUUUCCCUCAUUGCCCCCCCAUCCGAACAAACUCCCCCUCACCAGCACGCAGCUUAACGCCUCAACCCCAUCAAACGCCUCCCACGUUACAUGGCUCUCAGACCCCACAGCCACAGACGCCCAGCACACCCCAGCUGCCCCCUCCACAACAACAACAACAACAACAACAACAACCGCAGCAGCAGCAGCAGCAGCAGCAGCAACAACAACAGCAGCAGCAACAGCAGCAGCAGCAGCAGCAGCAGCAAGCUUCGCAGCAGCCGCCAUCAGGGCAGACAGGGAACUCUGAGAAAGCAAAUCAGCUUCCACAGCAGACGCUUGGGGGCGCGGCUUCCUCAGGCCCCCAAGCAAGUCAGGCUUCGAUGCCUACCCAAAAUGCUCAUGUGCCAUUGCAGCUGCCGCAGACCCCAAUAUCUCCGAAGCCUUCUCUGUCCGUAGACGGCCAGGUAUCCUCUCCGGCGUCGGUCAGCAGCAGUACCAACCCCAGCUCCCAGCUCGCCUCGGCCGAUGGCCCCGCCUCGAGCCAGGAAGAGGUCAAAAUGGAGGUGAAGAAGCAGGAGGAUGAUGAGGAGGAAGGGGCUGAAACCCAAGGAGAGGGGAAGGCUCUGGGGAAGAUGGGCAAGGGUCAGCCUGAUGUGAAGACGGAGGAGAAACCAGAGAUAAAGAAAGAGAAGGUGUCAGGAGACGGGUGUAAAGGCGAGCCCAUGGACACAUCAUCAUCAUCAUCGUCGUCAUCAUCAUCGUCGGUUUCAUCGUCGGUAGCAACAGCUGAAGACAAGAAGCCUGAGGUGAAGAAAGAGCCCAAAGAGGAAGAGGAGGGGUCAGGGUCAACGGCCAGCACCAGCUCCCCCGCCAGUGCUCAGAGCAAGAAGAAAAUCUUUAAGCCGGAGGAGCUGCGUCAGGCUCUGAUGCCCACCCUGGAAGCUUUGUACCGGCAGGACCCUGAGUCCCUUCCCUUCCGUCAGCCGGUGGACCCCCAGUUACUGGGAAUACCCGUACGUAUUCGAACUAGUAACAAAACUAACCUGGACUACUUCGACAUCGUGAAGAACCCCAUGGACCUGUCGACCAUCAAGCGGAAGCUGGACACAGGACAGUACCAAGAGCCGUGGCAGUACGUGGAGGACAUCUGGCUGAUGUUCAACAACGCCUGGCUGUACAACCGCAAGACGUCCCGCGUCUAUAAGUACUGCUCCAAGCUCGCCGAGGUGUUUGAGUCGGAGAUCGAUCCCGUCAUGCAGGGCCUGGGAUACUGUUGUGGUAGAAAGUUUGAGUUUUCCCCCCAAACUCUAUGCUGCUACGGAAAACAAUUAUGCACCAUUCAACGCGACGCUGCUUAUUUUAGCUACCAGAACAGGUACCACUUCUGUGAGAAGUGUUUCAACGAAAUCCAGGGCGAGAGUGUUUCCCUGGGGGACGACCCCUCCCAGCCUCAGACGUCCAUCAACAAAGAGCAGUUUCAACGAAAGAAGAACGACACACUCGACCCCGAGCUGCUUGUGGAAUGUACUGACUGCGGUCGUAAAAUGCACCAGAUCUGUGUCCUGCAUAAUGAUACCAUAUGGCCGUCAGGCUUCGUAUGUGACAACUGCCUCAAAAAGGCCAAUAAGACACGGAAAGAGAACAAAUACGCAGCUAAAAGGCUUCCUCAAACCAAGCUGGGGAACUAUUUGGAAUCACGAGUGAACGACUACCUCAAGCGGCAGAGCCACCACGAAUGUGGCGAGGUCACCAUCCGUGUGGUCCAUGUCUCAGACAAGGUGGUUGAGGUCAAGCCGGGCAUGAAAUCCAGAUUUGUGGACAACGGCGAGAUGUCCGAGUCUUUCCCAUACAGAAUGAAAGCCUUGUUUGCAUUUGAGGAUAUCGAUGGAGCAGAUGUGUGUUUUUUUGGCAUGCACGUUCAAGAGUACGGCUCCGACUGCCCGCCUCCCAACCAGAGGCGAGUGUACAUCUCUUACCUGGACAGCGUGCACUUCUUCAAACCUCGACAUCUCAGGACUGUUGUCUACCAUGAGAUCCUGCUUGGCUACCUGGAGUAUGUCAGGAGGCAGGGGUUUACAGCGGGUCAUAUCUGGGCCUGCCCACCCAGUGAAGGGGAUGAUUACAUCUUCCACUGUCACCCAGCGGACCAGAAGAUCCCCAAGCCAAAGCGCCUGCAGGAGUGGUACAAGAAGAUGCUGGACAAGGCUGUCUCUGAGCGCAUCAUCCAUGAUUAUAAGGACGUCUUCAAACAGGCAACAGAGGACCGUCUGACUAGUGCCAAGGAGCUGCCAUACUUUGAGGGCGACUUUUGGCCCAACGUGCUGGAGGAGAGCAUCAAGGAGCUGGAGCAAGAGGAGGAGGAGCGGAAGAGGGAGGAGAACAGUACCUCCAAUGAGAGCACAGAUGCUACAAAAGGAGACAGCAAGAAUGCCAAAAAGAAGAACAAUAAAAAGACAAGCAAGAACAAGAGUAGCUUGAGCCGAGCCAAUAAGAAGAAACCAGGGAUGCCCAAUGUUUCCAAUGACCUUUCCCAGAAACUCUACGCCACCAUGGAGAAACAUAAAGAGGUCUUCUUUGUCAUCCGCCUCAUUGCCGGCCCCGCCGCCAACUCGCUGCCCCCCAUCACUGACCCGGACCCCCUGAUGGCCUGUGAUCUGAUGGACGGCCGUGAUGCCUUCCUGACUCUGGCUAGGGACAAGCACCUGGAGUUCAGCUCUCUCAGGAGGUCCAUGUGGAGCUCCAUGUGUAUGUUGGUGGAGCUGCACAACCAGAGCCAGGACCGCUUCGUCUACACCUGUAAUGAGUGUAAACAUCAUGUGGAGACCCGCUUCCACUGCACUGUCUGCGAGGACUAUGACUUGUGCAUCACCUGCUACAACACUAAAGGUCAUGAGCACAAGAUGGAUAAGCUGGGGCUUGGACUGGACGACGACAGCAACAACCAGUCAGCCGCAGCUACCCAGAGCCCUGGAGACUCUCGCCGCCUCAGCAUCCAGCGUUGCAUCCAGUCGCUGGUCCACGCGUGCCAGUGCCGCAACGCCAACUGCUCCUUGCCGUCCUGCCAGAAGAUGAAGCGUGUUGUUCAGCACACAAAAGGCUGCAAACGCAAGACGAACGGUGGCUGUCCCAUCUGCAAGCAGCUCAUUGCUCUGUGCUGCUACCAUGCCAAACACUGUCAGGAGAACAAAUGUCCCGUCCCGUUCUGCCUGAACAUCAAGCAAAAGCUGCGGCAGCAGCAGCUGCAGCACCGGCUCCAGCAGGCCCAAAUGUUGAGGAGGAGGAUGGCCAGCAUGCAGCGGGUGGGGCAGCCAGCCGGAGGGCCACCAGGAGGACCAGUUGUAGGACUUCCAUCACCAGGGAACAAUGGCACCACUGCACCCAAUACUCCCACAUCUGGUGGAACCCAACCCCCAACUCCCCAGACACCGACUCAGACCAUGCCUCCUGUCCCACAGCAAGGAAUGGGCCCUGGACCUGGAGUCCAGCAGCAACAACCAUCAGGUGGGAUGCCCUCACAAGGUGGAAUGCCCCCUCAGCACCACCUUCACCACCAGUUCCAGCAGAUGGGGGGUGGAGGCGGCGGGGCAGGGGGGAUAAUGAGCUCUCCCCAGCACCAGCCGCAGAUGCUCCCUCAGGUCCAGCAGUCACAGCAAAGUGGGGCAGGAGCAGGGACCAACCCUCAACAGCUCCAACAGCACCACAACAAUUUGCCUCCAUAUACCAGCAGACCCCCGGGCUCCUCCCCAAUCCACCAGUCCCAAGGAAAACCAGUUCUUGGUUCUGCAACACCUCCCCAGCAGCAGCCUGGUGGCGCUGUCAUGUCUGGAAAUGUUGGAGGCCAACAGCCUCCCAACCAGCCCCAGAGCCAGCCUCCUCUUACACAGCAGCAAACAGCUUCCGGCCCCCCACCUGCAGCAGUAGAAAUUGCUAUGAAGAUCCAACAGGUAGCCGAUGCUCAGAGGAAGAUGGCUCUGCAGAGACAAGCAGCUGCAGGCUUGAUGCCUCCUCACCCCCAUCACCAACAGGGUCAAGGUCAACAGAUGGCCAUGGGACAUCCAGGGCAAGUAGGAAUGGUUGGACCCCAGGGCAUGCCACCACAGACCCAAGCAGCAGUGGCAGCUGCUCGGGCACACAUGGAUCAACAACAAGGUGCUCCUCCAGGGAUGAUGGUGGGUGUUGGUGGGCCCAUGCAGCAGCCCCCUCAGCAGGGUAACCUGCCCCAGGGCCAACUCAACCCUCAAGUGCAGCUGCAACAGCAGAGGAUGGGUGCUCCACUUCAAAACCCACAACAACAGCAACAGCAGUGGGCAGGCCAGGGGAUGCCACCCCAGCAGAGGCAAGCUAUGAUGAGCCAGAUGGGCCAUCCGGCCAUGAUGGCAGCUCAACAACAACAACAGCAACAGCAGCAGCAGCAGCAAAUGCAACAACAGCAGCAGCAGCAGCAGCACCAACAAGCUCAGGGCCAUGCUGCCUUGAUGAAUAUGGCACAACAGCAGCAGCAGCAGCAGCAGCAGCAGCAAGGUGCUGGUGGUGGGGUCCCAGGAGGAGCUCUCCCUGGAGUUGCUAGUAUCCCAGGGGCCGCUGGUGGGAACAUCCCCCAGGCAGCCCUCCAGGACCUGUUACGGACUCUACGCUCGCCUAGCUCACCACUUCAGCAGCAACAAGUUCUCAACAUCUUGCGAUCUAACCCACAGCUCAUGGCUGCUUUUAUUAAACAGAGGGCCUCAAAAUACAAGGGGGUACAGGGGGGGCCUGGGGUCCCAGGAGGAGUGCCAGGGGGGGUCCCAGGAGGGGUCCCAGGAGGUCCUGGUCCCACAGGGGGUCCUGUUGGUAAUGUCAUGGCAGGAGGAGUGCAGCAGGUGAACAUGAAUGCUGCAGGUGCCGGCCAGCCAGGGAUGCACAUGGGGGGCCAGGGGGGGACGAAUGUCAACAUGGCUGCUAUGGCCCAGCUGCAGCAGCAACAGCAGCAGCAGCUACAACAGCAACAGCAGCAGCAGCAGCUACAACAGCAGCAGCAGCAGCAGCAGUUACAACAGCAGCAGAGGCCGAUGCUCAGCAGUUUACAACAGCAGCAAGUGGCAGCUCUCCAGCAGCAGCAGCAGCAGCAGCAACAACAACAGCAGCAAGGUGGAGGAAGAGGUAUGCAGGGCCAGGGGCCACAAAUGGCAAAUCUUAACAGUCCCCAGUUUAGAGAACUGCUCAUGAGGCGGCAUCUUCAGCAGCAACAGCAACAGCAGCAACAACAACAACAACAGCAGCAACAACAACAACAGCAGCAGCAGCAGCAGCAGCAACAACAGCAAAUGGGAGUGAAUCAUGGCCAGUUCCAGCAGCCACAGCCACCUCAGGGGCAGGGCUACAUGGGACAGCCUGGAAUGCAGCCUCAUCCAGUGGGAGGCCCACCUGGAGGCCCACCUCUAGGUCCUCAGCCUGGUGGUCCCCCGGGCCAGCAGGGACAGGUUUACCCAGGGUCGGUGGCGCAGCAGCAGGCACUGCAACAGAGGCUCCAGCACCAGCACCACCUCCAGAUGCAGCAGCAGCAGCAGCAGCAGCAGAAUGCCAUGGCUGGCCUGCCAGGUGGUGAUGCAGGGCCAGGUGGAGGGGCUGUAGGAGGUCCUCAACAGCCACCUCAAGGCCCUCAGCCCACUCAAGGUGGCCCUCCACCUCAAUCCUCUCAGGCCCUUCUCCAGCAGGCCCUCCAUCAGAGACUGCUCCAGCAGCAGCAGCAGCAGCAUCUUGGCCCAGGGGGGUCACCGGCUCAGCACAGCAAUCCCAUGAGCCCUCAGCAGCCACAGCAGAUGGCUCAGUCCCCUCACCCACACCUGCAGGGCCAGGCACUGCCCACGUCACUGGCUAACCAGGUGCGAUCCCCACAGCCCUCACCCAGACCACAGUCCCAGCCGCCACACUCGAGCCCGUCCCCACGCAUGCAGCCUCAGCCCUCCCCACAUCACAUUUCCCCCCAGAUGCAGACGGGCUCCCCACACCCGGGCCAUCUGAACCAGCACCACCCGGGUAUGGUACAACAGCCACCGACUCAGCAGCAGCAACAGAACUCAAUGGAACAGUUUGGGUCGGACCAGAGCGCUAUGCUAUCUCAGUUGAGCGGCAUGGUGGGUCUUCACGGGCCAGGGGGCAACAGUCAGGACCCACUGGGUCAGAACAUGAAUCACAACCCUUUGGACAUCAUGUAGGAAUUCUACUUAACGUGUCAAGUUGAGCUGAAAAGGCUCCUGUGAUUCUUCGCACAAACUGCACUCACCCAGGACAGUGUUAUUGUUAUUACUUAGCCUUUCUUUUUUAUACUAUUAUUAAAUGUUAUUUAAAAUGUUUUCAAUAAAGAUGCAUUGAACUGAACUUCCUAUGGGAGAUGAACAAUAAAUCAAGCAGUCAUUAAAUAAAUUAGAAUAAAUAAAUUGUAAGUUAUUGCUGUUAAUAUAUUUUUUUGCCAAUUGUGGACAAAGAGGGGGGACGGUUUCUUUAGCACCCCACCCCCCACCCCCCCUCCACCUCCACCUCUUGCAGAAUACAAGAAAGGUAAUAUUUUCGGGGUUUGGGGGUAAAUAGGGGUACUUGCCUUUUUUUAAGAAACGUUUUUAAGAUUUUAAAAGUGGACAAGAAUUAAAGAGGAAAUGAUUUAAUGCAAAGAACUUUUUUUUUGUUUACCUUCAUUCAUUCUGUCUUUCAGUUUUGCAGAGUGAUGUGGAUUAUUAUUAAUGUAAAUCCAAACAAUGAUGCAUAUCUUCCUUUUUUUUUAAAUGUUUGGGUUUGCUUUAUUUAUUGUUUUCUUUAUGGGAGGGUUGGUCGGGUGGGGUGGGGGUGUUAUGUACCCUAAGACUGCUACAAUUCGUAUAGAAAUAUAUUUUUGUUAUUGACUGUUAAGGCGGGGGGAGGGAGGGGGGCGGGUUAGUGGAUAUUUCAUUUCACUUUUGAUGUCUUUAGUUGGGUCUGUCCAGGUGGGAUUAAUGAAAUGUCAGUGUUUUUUUUGCAGUUGUUGAGGGUCUGCUGUGAGUUUGAGAUGUUGAACGGACACAUGGCGACGUCCCAGCCAGCUUCUGUUAACGGACAUCUAUCAUGCUGGAAGGGACUCUUCCCUCGCAAACAUGCAAGCCCUCUCCCUCGAAUGUGUGUGCACUCCUUCCUUUUAAAGACACUUAAAUACAGAGCAGUGGAGGCUUGGGGAGGGGGGGUGCAUACCUGUGUGCCUGUAACUUUUUGAGUACAUGGGCUGGGAUGUGAAAAAAAUGAGCGGGGUGGGCUCCUUUUUUAGUGUUUUUUUUUUUGUUUGUUUGUUUUUUUUAGUUUUUUUUUUUUUUUUUUUAGGAUUCUACUGUUUGGAGUAAACAGAGGAUUAUUGAUCCAAAUGAACUGUGUUGCACAGAAAUGAGGAGAAAGGAGGAGAUAUGAGCAGUCGGUCUCCGUCUCUUUCUGCCUCGUCCCCUUUGCUGCUUCCCUUGGACUUAAAAUCCCCCCCCAUCUCCUCCUCCUCCUCCUCCUCCU